UCCCACAGACCCACAACUACUUUCUCAUCUACUUGUGCGCUGUGUCAUUAUCAUCCUACUGGUGUCUGUAUGUAAGUAGAUAUUUUGGGAGUAAUUAAGCUGUGUUUGUUUGUUUGUUCUUUAUUGUGCAGUUAAGAACUGGUAGACAUUGUAGUCAUACAAUCGGAUUAUUUUAAAAUGAGGGAAGAGAAAGCUCAAGCAGUAGAGAAGACUGGGAGAUGUAUUUGUUUAUGGAACUGCUUAUCAGCGUGUAACCAGCAUCCCAUCAUGGUAGCAUUCAAAGGAAUCUGGACUAAGGACUUCUGGAGGGCCGUGUCAGCCGAGUAUCUAGCCACCCUGAUUUUUGUCCUCCUCAGCCUGGGCUCGACCAUAAACUGGGCACCAGAGUCAGACAACCCUCCCGCUGCCGAUCUGGUCCUAAUAUCGCUGUGCUUCGGCCUGGCCAUUGCUACCAUGGUGCAGUGCUUCAGUCACAUCAGCGGCGGCCACAUCAACCCAGCGGUCACCGCAGCCAUGGUGGUCACCCGGAAGCUGAGCUUGGCAAAGGGUGUGUUCUACCUGGCUGCCCAGUGCCUGGGGGCCAUCACUGGGGCUGGCCUCCUCUAUCUGGUGACCCCUGCAUCAGUCAGAGGAGGUUUGGGAGUGACUAUGGUGAACCCUGAGCUCAGUGCUGGCCAUGGUCUGUUGGUGGAGCUUUUGAUAACCUUUGAGCUGGUCUUCACUGUUUUCGCCACCUGCGACCCCAAACGAUCUGACCUCAACGGGUCUGCAGGGCUUGCCAUCGGAUUUGCUGUAACCAUUGGCCAUCUGUUUGCGAUCCCAUACACAGGAGCCAGUAUGAACCCUGCUCGCUCCUUUGGGCCUGCAGUCAUCACAAUGAACUUUGAUAACCACUGGGUAUACUGGGUCGGUCCAAUUCUUGGUGGCGUCAUUGCAGCUGCCUUCUAUGAGCACCUGUUUUGCCCGGACCCUGAGUUGAAGAAAAGGCUCCAGGAUGUCUUCCAGAGGGAUACGGCAUCUGGGAAGUACAGCGAGGUGGAGGGUGACGUUUACCAGGGGGAACCAGAAGACCUGAUCAUCAAGCCAGGCUCCAUCCAGCGCGUGGACCUGGAGAAGGCUGAGAAGAAGGACCCUUUCCGGGAUGAGGUGCUGUCCUCUGUAUGACUACCACAGUCUCUGGAGAGGGAGACCAACCUGUAAAGCAGAGGGCUUCUGAGAGAGCUACUUUGAGCCUGGGUCCACACUCAAUUCUCCAUCCCCCUGCAGCCUCCACGCCUUAACCCACACAAAGUCACCUUUUAGGCUGAAUAUGAGUGCUGCACGUCUUCUCGAUGCAAGGUUAUUAUCGUGUAUGCAGGAGAGCCUCCCUCCAAAUUCGUAAAGUAACUGGAUGAUAGAACUUUACACGCCACACCAACCAAUUACCCACUAAAUCAUAUGAAAUCUAUUGAUCACUGCAGUCUUUCCCCAUCAUCGUCUGGCCCAGCUUUGUAUGCUUGUGGCACUCUAGUGCCCUAGAGAACAAUGGAGUGUACAGGCAGGGAACAAUGUCAAGGUCAACUAAUUAAGAUGGGUCAUCAACCUGAAUUUGGAAACCCAUGAGGAAACUGUGGGCUUAUUAUUUUUGGAAUAGUGUCACAAAUAAUAUAUGUAUAUGAGGGCAUGAGAGUUCUUAUCUAUAUAGUUAUUAAGCGCAUAGAAUGCAUGAUGGACACGUUCAACCAAAUAUUUCAAAUUUCAGCCAUUUUCAUUGCACAUUCAUCAGGGAAGAAAACAAUUAAGCUCUACCUAUUAAUUUCUUUAAUUGCUAAAAUAUUUGUCUUAAAGGCGCCAAGCACCAUACAGUAUAAUGAAGAUAGCAGUUAGUGUUGAAAUAGGUUUUCAUAGCUGUAAGCAGUAAAUGAAUGACUUGUUUUGAUGCAUUUGGAAUAUUUUCAUAUGUAUAAUUAUUUUUUCAUGCAGUAAAUACUUAUUUAUUUA